AUGGCGCGUUUUGAUCCCAAACUCGCGCUUUGUGGGGCCGAGGAGGUGCGAAAAAGCCUCACCGCGAUGCAGUUGACGCCGGAAAACGCCAAAACGCUUUAUCGAUGCGAACGUUAUUACCUCACGCUCAGUCGUUACACUGCGUGCUAUCUCGUGCAUAAGGCUUUGCAGCUCCUUCUCCUCCCUCCGUAUGGCGUCCUCCAUAGGCUUUUAACGCAGCUUUUUGACGUGUGUUUGUUGCAAAAAGAGCCGGUGGCGGCGCGGAUGGUGGAUUUGUGGGGAGAUUUGGUGGAGAAGGCGUUUCGUUCGAGUCUUUUUGAGGCGGCGUCGCGGGAUUUUAGCCGGACGAUCGCCCUCGCUGAGCUCAACGAGCACUUUCAGAAGGAAUGGCAACGGUGUGUGCUGUGCAGUUCCGGCGCUGAGGAGGUCUAUUGGCGGCUCGAGACCGAAAAAGGGAAGCGGGAGCGUCCAGACGACGAGGCGGGGUCGAGUUCCUCGGAAACCGCCCCGAUGAAGGUCGUGCGGGGUCCUUUGGGGUUUUUAUCGCAGCUGCGGCUUUGCUACACCGAAUCGACCGCCGAUCCCGCCUUCGACGAGCCUGCGAGCGGGGAAACCCCGCUUCAGCUGCUCCCGGAAGGUUUUAUCGCCCGUUAUGGCGAGCUCUUCACGUCGUUGUUGCGGUGGAAAACGAUGGAGUCCUACGCGACGUCGACGUGGCGGCUUGGGUUUCGCGGCGGGCAGGUGGUGGAGGUUUCGUUUUUCUCCAACACCGCGCGUUAUCUGUUAAUUACGAUGCAGCGGAGCAUGUGGGAUCGUCUUUGUGGAUUGUGCGCGAACUACCGCGCCAGCCUGCGCUUUGAGCAAGGGAUUUGGUAUACCUACACGAGCCUCGACGACUUCACCCAGGAGCAUCGGUUUUUUUUGCAGGAAUGUCGUUUCGCCGCGAUGUUGGAUGGGGUUUUUACCCCGAUAUGGGGGCUUUUCACGCGGUUGAUGCGGCUGAUUGAAUCGGUCCGGCGGCUGUUGAAAACCGUGGCGGGCGAGAUGGCGGUGGAGCGUCGACGGAUCCUCGCCGCGCAUCACCUCCUCGACCUUUAUCACGGCAGCGAUCCCGACUCCGCCAGCGACGCGAGCAGUGAGGGAAGCCGGUCGACGAGCGCCUCCGCGUCCUCGACCGCCUCCUCUGCGGGGAUGCCCGCGCGGGGAAAGGAUCGCGCGAGUGGAUUACCCCCUCUCACGGGAUUCCCAACGACCACCUCGCCGGCGUCGAGCAAAACGAAAAGCGCGUGCGCGACGCCGCGGGGGAAAAAGCUCCACGACGACGCCGCCCCUUCCAAACCGCCCUCCACCACCUCCACCCCGCAAAGCCAUCCCUCCAACCGCGAGGUCGAUCGAUCGAAAAAAAUAAACGCGCACGCGAGCACGAUCAAAGACGCUCGUCCAUCCGCUCAGCAGCGAACCCCGAAGGUUUAUCGCAAAAAACGAAAAACACGCGUGAAAAAAGCCACCAGCGCGGCGUCGGAGAUUCCAAAGGCGAGCGAAACCCUCGCGCAACGCCAGAAACGUUAUCGUAUCACACGGCGGAAGAUUUUAGAAGCCCACGAACCCCUCCAUCGACGCCUGCGCGAUGGGAUUAAGCUGCAUCUACGCGGGUUGGCCACGAUCACGGAGGAGCUCAUCACUGGGCUUUGCCACAUCCGCGAUGUCCACACGCUUAAAGAGCUCGGGGAGGUUCAAAACGCGAUUCAUGGACCCUUCACCACGUUGGAUGAUUCAGCACAAAAAGAGCAGCACCAAAGAAGUGAAGGGUCAGAUCCGUGCAUAACGGAUUCAACCGAUCGAAUCAUGCACAAAAAAUGGGUAGAAUAUCGUCGACGGGUAUUAACAGAGCGUAUUUCCUUUCUUACCACUUUGAUAAAUCCGCUUCAAACGACGCUCGAUUUGCUUAAUCGUAAAAUUUGA